CCUGUCGGUUAAAAUUGAACAAGCAGUCAAUCGUUGCAUCGACUCACAAGAGCAACUUGAAGAUAAUAUCAAAAAAUGGCUGGUACCACUUGCAAAUGCAAACAAAGAAGUUGUUGAUUUAAGGAAGGCGACUCUCGAACAUGUUUUCAAAAAGUUAUCGGCGAGAAUUUCAACAUAUCCACCUGAUCGUCUCAUACCAGCCGCAUUCAGACUAUUGAAUCUUGUAUUAGGGUGCCAUGAGGCUGAGGGUUCUUUAUGUGAACAGGCCAUAACUUUGACGAUUCUGGAGGAAUUGAUGGAAACACAACCUCUUGAGGUCUGUGAAAAACUAUAUAGUUUCUUAGAAAUAAAUAAGAAAAGGCUGCUUGUG